AUGCCAAAGGGGACUGGACGCUUUUCGAUGGAACGUCCUUCUGCUGGUCAUUCAACACGGCCAAAGGAUGUUCGGCGAGCCGUUGUGCAAAUGGAAAGCACGUAUGCACGGGAUGCCUAUCAGCCAGCCACAGUGCCCAAUCAUGCAAGCGCGGACAAAACUGACACGAAUGGAAGACAACCAGAGCCAGUGACCCCGCUACAGGCCAAGAAGUGGGAGGAAGCGCUUAAAUAUCUUGAUAUUUUGGAGGAGCAUGCGACGCUCAUAGAUGGACUUAAGAACGGCUUCAAUAUGCAGUGCCAGUUGGCAAUUGACGAAACACGAGUAUACCCACACCUGAGAAAAGAGGUUGCAGCAAAUCGAUAUGACGGCCCACAUACACGCGAGGAAGUCGAGAAAAGGCUGGGCGCAUUUGUGGCAAACCCACUUGGAACGGUCGACAAGGCGAGUGGAAGGGGAAAACGCGUAAUUGAACACCUAUCAUUCGCCUACGAAGAUGAACAACAAUCAGUAAACGCACAAACGAAUAUCGAGAACCUCGGAACGAACUGGGGAGGACUGGCAGAGAUGAUAGAGCUCAUCGUGACCUCGCCAGAUGGAGCACAAGGUGCAACGAUAGACUGGGAAGCGGCGUUCAGAAACUGCCCUAUACGUCCAGAGGAUUGGAGAUACGGAGUAGUCGAAUGGAACGGGAAAUUCUGGAUCGACAAGGCGGCAAAGUUUGGCGCAAAAUCAUCCGUUGGCAUAUUCGAACUACCGAACAGAGCGUUCGUAGAAAUCUGCACACGGAAAGAGCUCGGAACGAUCAUAUACUGGGUAGACGACCUGAUGAUCCGACGACUUCCAGUACGGAGAGACGGGGAGGAAUGGAUAUAUGGAAUGGGAAUAGCGAAAAUAUUGGAGCUUGGGGAGGAGCUGGGAAUCCCCUUUCCGCCGGACAAGGUGCGCGACUUCGCCAACAUCACGACGUACGUCGGCUUUGACUGGCAUUGGCAAGAACGUGCAGUCAGUGUCAGCGAGUCAAAGCGGAAGAAGAACCUAGCACUGGUACAGGAGGUGCUGGAAGAAGGAAGGAAGACGUCCGGGGAAAGGCUGCAGUCAUUAUGCGGGAAGCUGGCGCACCUAGGAAUGAUAAUUCCUGAAGGACGAACGCACACGAGAGCUUUAUGGGCGACGGUAGCGAAAAUGGGCCUACCGAACCAGCACUCGAAGUAUAUCAAGUGGAACAUGCCGGAGAAGGCGAAGUGCGACCUCAGAUGGUGGAAGGAAACGCUCGAGAAGCCGGAGAUAAAGAUUCAGCUAUGUACACAACGCGAACCAAACUGCAAGUACCGGAUCUACACAGACGCGUCGACGGAUGGGGACUGGGCGUCGUGA